AUGGGAGCAAGUAUGGUUUGUAUGUGUAGCGAUCUUGCUACACUUUCAAUUGCAUUCAAUCCAAUAUUAGAUCCCUCAUUAACAUCUAGUGUGAUGUAUUAUAGAACACUACAGAGAUAUCCGAAAACAAUUAUUUUGAAACAAGUACAGACAAAUAUUGAUAAAAUUAUGAAUGAAAAUCAACAAUCUAUUUUACAUGUACAUUGGAGUGAAAAAUCACCAAGUGAUAUUAUUCAACUGAAAUUAAUUUCAAAUCAAAAUGUAAUAUAUUUCACUGAUGUAGAUAAAUGUAACAAGCGUAAAGGAGUCUAUUUUUGGCUUCAUGAUUGCAAUACUCAUGUUUUACCACAAGAUUUGAAACGUCGAGGAAUUUUAACUCAAAUUUUACAACAUCACUUGAAUGCUUUAGUAUAA